GAGUCUCCAGCUGAAGAAGGCAUUCUCGAUGGCAAGCGAAAGGCAGCUUUUAAAGUGAUUUAUGCCGCUCGGCGAGCCUUUGUCCAGUACAAUGCUGCUGUGUGCAUUCAGAAGGUCGUCAGAGGAACUAUCGUCAGGAUGAGACUCGAGAGGCGGAUCCAGGAAAUUGCAGAGCAGGCGGCGUUGGAACAGGCGGAGAAAGAAAAAACGGAGCCUCCUCUGCCGAGACCAGCAGAAAUGGUGCCCUUCAGGCCAUACUACGAGCAGCACUUCUGUGCUCUUGGUCCCAAGCAUCUGCAG